GGUUCAAGUUUAGUAUCGAAGAGAGUCCGUGGGCAUUAGAUCAGCGGGAGUAUUUCAUUGCUUUGAUUGCGUGUGCUUCAUUUAUUAUUGCAAAUUCUUCCGAAUAAGCAUACAGUACAAUCAUUUUCAGAAAUGUUUUCUCGUACGCUGAAAACUGUUGCUGCUCAAGGAGUUAAGAAUUUCUCCACCAGCUCGCAGAAUAACGUUAAAGUAGCAGUAUGCGGUGCUUCCGGUGGAAUUGGGCAGCCUUUGUCAUUACUUUUGAAGCAAAGCCCAUUGGUGACUGAACUGUCACUAUACGAUAUUGUCCACACACCCGGAGUUGCUGCAGAUUUGUCUCACAUUGAGACUCACUCCAAGGUUACUGGAUAUAACGGUCCCGAAAAUCUGGAAAAGGCACUGGCCGGUGCUGACAUCGUCAUCAUUCCAGCCGGUGUUCCUCGCAAGCCAGGCAUGACACGUGACGAUUUGUUCAACACGAACGCAUCGAUUGUGCGAGAUCUGGCCGCUGGUGUUGCUAAGGCUUGUCCGAAAGCCUUGAUCGGCAUCAUCUCCAAUCCGGUUAAUUCGACGGUGCCCAUCGCUUGUGACACACUGGCUAAGGCUGGAGUUUUGGACCCGAAGCGUGUUUUCGGAGUUUCUACACUGGACAUUGUUCGAGCGAAUACUUUCAUCGGGGAAGCUUCCGGAGUUAAUCCACAAAAGGUUAAUGUUCCCGUUAUCGGAGGCCACUCGGGAGUAACCAUAAUUCCGGUUCUAUCGCAAGCUACUCCAUCAGUCAGCUUCCCUCAGGAUAAGAUUUCUGCCUUAACCGAACGCAUCCAGGAGGCUGGUACUGAGGUCGUCAAGGCAAAAGCUGGUGCAGGUUCGGCUACUCUUUCCAUGGCUUACGCUGGCGCACGGUUCGCCUUAGCUUUGGCACGUGCAAUUAACGGAGAGCAGAAUGUAAUCGAAUGUGCAUAUGUUCGCUCUGAUGUAACUGAGGCAAAAUAUUUCUCUACGCCGCUGUUGUUGGGCAAAAAUGGAUUAGAGAAAAAUCUUGGACUGCCAAAAUUGAAUGCCUACGAACAAGACCUACUCAAAAAAGCCAUCCCAGAACUUAAGAAAAAUAUUCAAAAAGGUGAAGAAUUUGUCAAGAAAAACUAAUCCUUUUCAACAGUACCAAGAACAUCGAAACUCGAAGUGUGUCCACACCUUGUUUGAUAGAUUGGUGUGCUAACAGUCCUCGAAGUUACGUGAUUGAAUACACUUCACACGUCAUACGGUGGCACACGUCAUUCGUGUUUUCAAAAAAAAAAACUAAACGCAAUUUGUACAUCAUUAAGUUAAGUUUAAAAGUAAAGGAAGAAACCCAAAGAAAAGUCGGUGCGCAUUAAAAACCAUUAAGUAAAAUAUGCUUCAAUACUUCCGUUGCAAAUUCAUAUAAUAAAUCAAGCGCCAUUCAGUAUGAAAAUAGAGUUGAAAUUGUGUUGAACAAA